CCUUCCUGCCUGCCCUUCUUCCGGGGCACCCAGCAGCUCGGUCCUAGGCCGAUGUUGACAGACAGACAGAGAGGCGGAUGCAGCCUACCCCUUGGGCAGGGAGCUGCGGUCUGAGGCCCCUGCCCAGCUGGAAACCACAGGGAGGGGAAGGGAGGGGAGGGGAGAAGAGGAGAAGAGAGGAGAGGAGCCGUCAUGGGGCCUUGGAGUCGAGUCAGGGUUGCCAAAUGCCAGAUGCUGGUCACCUGCUUCUUUAUCUUGGUAACAGGCAGCUGCUGGGCCUCUCUGUGGCCACCAUGGUGACUCUCACCUACUUCGGGGCCCAUUUUGCUGUCAUUCGCCGAGCGUCCCUGGAGAAGAACCCGUACCAGGCUGUGCACCAAUGGGCCUUCUCUGCGGGGUUGAGCCUGGUGGGCCUCCUGACUCUGGGAGCCGUGCUGAGCGCUGCAGCCACCGUGAGGGAGGCCCAGGGCCUCAUGGCGGGGGAUAGGAAGAGAGUCACCUCCUGGAGCAGCUGCGGGGCCAACCAGCGCUGGGUGGGCCCAUGGGGAGCAGAGAAGGACUCAGCAGCUCCAGCACUAGCCAGGAUUCCUGCUCCGGGACACAGGAGCGUGGGCAGGGACAAUCCCAGCCUGUGCUAUCUGGCUUCAGGGCCAGGUGGGAGGCCCCAGUGGGGAGAUGACAAGGGUUUCCUGUGCUUCUCCCUGGCGUUCUGCGCACAGGUGCAGGUGGUGUUCUGGAGGCUCCGCAGUCCCACCCAGGAUGCCACCCAUCCUUCCGUCCUGAAUGCUGACCUGCCUGGAGGAGGGGCUGGCCUAGCUGACCCUGGGCAGGGGCCAAAGGCGUCCCUGUGGAAAGGCCAGCAGCUUGGAGAGGAAGGAGGCCUCCCUGGCCCAGCAGAGAAUGAGAGCUCGGGCCCGUGAGGUGUCCUGAACACAGAGUCAGCGUGACUCAUGUGGCAGCCCUGCGGAUGGAAAGGCAGAGGAUGCAGGAGGGAAGGGACCUGCCACAUGCCCUUGGCGGUGCCCCGUGGCCACAGACCCUGGCCCAGCGCUGAGAGGACUAGGGUGCCCCUCCCCUUCCCCAAUCCUUACCCCAGGGGGUCCUGGCUGCCACUUCCCUGGGAUGCUGCUGCGAGCAGGAGGCAUGGACCAGGCAUGGACCAGGCUUCAGGGAUGAAUGUGGAGCUUGAGGGCUAUUAAUUACGUUCUCCUCCAGGCCUGAGAGUCACUUUGCUGCAACCCUCCCCCUGUCCCCAGACAAGUCUGCAGCGGGAAUAAUUCAUGCUUGAAUUAAAUACAGCAGUGUGGGGUGCAGCCUGGUCCUCGCAGUCUGGCCCCACCCUGGAGCCACUUCCCUCCCUGGAUCCUCCAGCCACCGAGUGGGCUCAGGCCAGAGCCGGCUCUGGAACCUGUGGGGCUGGUCCACAGGCCUCCUGCAGCUUCUGGUCCCCCCCCACCGCCCAGGACCUGUCUGUACCUUCCUGAGCACUUUCAGCAGACACGGGAUGGGGUCAGGGCCGCCGAGCCCAGGCAGACACCAGGGAUGAUCUGGUCAUCGGGGGAAGCCCCAGUGGGGACCCCUGGACUUCAGGCCUCAGUCUGGGCAGGGGUUGGAGAAACACACAGCAGGUCGGGUGGGUCCAGCAACCGAGAAUUCUGCACUGGCCCUGCUGCUCCAGGUCUUUGUCCUGAAGCACACCCCGGGCACCGGAAGAUGGAGCUCAGUGCAUUGGUACCCUUCAGGGCGCACCUGCCCCCAGGUGUCCUGAAAAACACAGGCCCCAGGCUCCUUCAGAGCUCCCAGAUCCUGGGAUGGAGGCAGAUGGUGAAGCAUCACCUAGGAGCCUAGGCCCCGUGGGGAGCGGCCGGCCUGGCCUCUAGGGCCCUCCAGGGCCAGGCUUUGGGGCAGGAGGCCUACCUUGCUGAGCUCUGCUUCCUCAGUCGUGGGGAGAGCUGCUUGGCAGAGCCAGGCAGAGCAGGCAGAGCCAGGCGGAGCAGGGAGAGCAGGGAGAUCAGGCAGAGCCGGGCAGAGCAGGCAGAGCUGGGCAGAGCCGGGCAGAGCAGGUAGAGCGGGCAGAGCAGGCAUAAUGGGCAGAGUGGGAAGAGCCGGGCAGAGCAAGUAGAGCAGGCAGAGCAGGCAGAGCAAGCAUAAUGGGCAGAGUGGGCAGAGCAGGCAGAGCGGGAAGAGCCGGGCAGAGCAGGUAGAGCAGGCAGAGCUGGGCAGAACCAGGUAGAGCAGACAGAGCAGGCAGAGCAGGCAGAGCAGGCAGAGCGGGUAGAGCAGGCAGAGCAGGAAGAGCUGGGCAGAGCAGGCCUCUCAGCCACUAGCAGGCAUUGUCACUCUCGCCCCUGCUGUGGUAAUAACAACACCUUGCUCAGAGCCUCAGAGGUACCCAUGUCCUCCCUGGGCCAUGGCAGGUGCCUGACAAUGGGGACAGUGGUUGGAGUUGGGAGGGAAGCAGGAGAGGAGGUCUGAGCCAACCCCAGGCCCACUCCGCCCGGCCUCUGGUCUUCACCAGGACCUCCACCCACGAGGACACAAUGGCCAGGCCAGACUCCAUCCCCAUCUCACACUCACAGACGCUGAGGCUGAACAAGGCCCCCGCCCAGGCCGACAGUGGUGUGGCCAGCUUGGCGCCUGCCCCCCAGGGCACUGCGGGGAGGACAAGGCUGGCUGAGUUGGGGAUGACUCACGGAGAGUGGUCUGACUUUUAUUAGCCAUCAGUGGGAGGGAUACAUUAGGGUCAGGAGCCAAGUUUGGCCUGGAAAGUCCAUCUGACUCCUGUUGGGGCCUCCAGGCUUGGGCAGGGCUGACCGAGGGCCUCCACUGCCCACUGCCCACCCAGUUGGCCGCGGUCAGGGCUGCCACGGGGGCUGGGCCCCAGGGCAACGAGGACCGCGGGAAGCCACGCUUCCUUUCUGGAGGGCACGUGUGAGUGGCCAGAGCAGGCCUGGGGCUUCCAUUCUCCCCCAGCCCUUUGGGGCAACUGCUGAGCACCCCUCCAUGUGUCCCGACUGUCAGCAUGGCAUGUGGGGGAGGACUGCGGGCCUCUGAGGCCGGAAGGAGGCAUUAGAGGAUAGGGACCUCAAAGAGGGCCUCGCCCUGUGCCAGGAGACCAGCAACUCCUGGAGCAGUCACAGACGCCUUCCCGUAGGAGGCGAGAUUCCAGUUUGUCUUUGAAGGGGUAACUUGGCAGGGGAGAGCAUCUUGCUUAGGAGGGUGGAGACAUGAGGUCCAGGUGGUGGUAGGGUGUGGAGUGCAGACAGCACAUCCAGCCAGGCCCCGUCACCUUCCACCUUCUCCACCCCCGGCCCCACAGUGGCCUCGUCCACCCAGAUCUGACUCCAGGUGCCCAAGGCUUCUCUGGUCAAAAGCCUUACCCAGAGCCCAGCUGCCCGGGCUUCCGGAAGGCAGCUGGGUGAUUCUGGGGAAAGACCUAGAAUCCCCCAGCUUUUUGGGAGCUGAGGUCCUGGCACAGGGUCUCUCAAGCCUUUUCCACCAGGCCCAGCCCCAUCCCCCAUUUCCAGGUCAACAGUAGCGUGAUGGAAACUUCCCUGGGCCGACCUUGUAAGACCGCAGGAGAGGCAGACGCAGAGCUUGGCCUCGCUUUAUCCUGCAGGACCGUCUAGGGGCAGGAGGGCCACACUGACGGCCAUUGUGUGGAGGCCCCACCAUUGAUGUUGGGAAGCACUGUGACUGGCUGCCCAGGGACCCAGGCUACCCCUUGGGGAGAUCUACCUGCUGCGAGGAGGGCGGUGCUGGGACGUCACCCCACUAAGGGCCCACCAGCCUUUGGGAUGUUGUGGGGAGGGGGCUCUGUCCCUGGAUCUCUCACCAGGGCCAGGACCUCCCCGUGGUCUCUCGGUGUAGGUGGAGGAU